GUGCAUCUUGAUUGACGGAUUUCGCGAACAGCGUCAAUAAGUCACAUAAAGCAUUCAAGGGGCUCUCUCUGACAUAUGUGUAGCACAGUAGCAUUAUCACCAUGUACCAGGGCUGAAGCUAUGUACAAUCACACGACCCCAAUCUCAUUCACCCCCCUGCUAGCUGAUGUUGUGCUGUUGUACGGGUGGUGCGUCUGGGCCACUCCCCCCGUCGGGCACAUCGACCAGAGCGACGACCGUGACGGCUUUGGUGUGUCCGGUGUAGUCGAUGGCCGUCUGGCCCGUCUUAACCUCCCACAGCUUGGCCGUCGUGUCGGACGAACACGUCACCACAUAGGCACUGUCGCUCGAGAAGAUACCGCCCCACACCCACCUGCAACGCAAUGGACGGACGCAUACGCACAGACACAGCCGGCCACGUGGCGGCCUGCCGUCACGCCGGCUGAAUGUGUGACUUAAGUACCUGAUGUGACCGAUGAGCGAGGUCUCCUUGGCGAAGCCGUCGACAUGAUAGCGCCACAGACAGGCAUUGCCUGACACACAGACGAGAGGGAGUGAGCGACCAUUCUCCCCUUCGCCGCCUCGUUGUGUGCGCCUCUCACUCACUGUCGGCCGAUGUGGUAAUCAGAUACUGCGACUGAGGGCAGAACCUAAUGCGCAGCACUGAACACACACACACCCAGACACACACACAUUGACCUUAGACGUCGCUGCCUAGCCCCCUGCUGCCGUCCACCGUGUGCCACCAUCCCAUGCUGUCUGACCGUAUGCGCUGUGGGCGUCGAUUUUCUGCAUGGGAUCGAGAGUGUCUGGCAGGUACCGCCAGACAAACAGGGUGCCCUUGUGGUUGGCCGCGGCCGCCAGCCGCCCGUCGGCCGACAGCGCGACGGUCUUGAUGGCCACGGCCUUGUCUGGCGCGAGCACCUGGCGGAUGCGGUUGGCACUGAGGUCCCAGACCUGCACGCGGCCCUCCUGGUCGCCCAGCAGCACCUCUGCUUGGUUGGCAUGCAGCGCCGCCCCGUGGACAGGCACCGGCGCGCCGGCCGUGGUGGCCAUGGUGGCCGUGGAGGUGCUCUCGUUGUCGAGUGAGAGCUGGUAGCCGGUGCCGCGGCAGUCCCAGAUCUUGACGCUGCUGUCCUCGCUGGACGAGAAGAACCAGCGGCCGGUCUUCUCGAACCCGACGCUCGUAACGUUGCUGGUGUGUCCGUCCAUGGUGCUGACGGCCGUGUUGCUGGCGGAUGCCAGGUCGAAGAGCUUCAUGAGGGGGUUGCCGGCGCAGAGCACCUGGGUCUUGUCCGGGGUGACCUCCAGGCAGUUGAUGUGUGAGUCAUUGUAGGGGAUGGUGCGGAAACACUGACCCAGGUGGGCAUUCCAGUAGCGAAGGGUGUGGUCGUAUCCGCCGGUUAUCAGCAGAGGCAGAUCCAUGAGUCGAAUGAGUCUGUCAGCGGUGGCACCCGUCAU